UCAUCAACUCUUUUCUCCCUAGUUAAAAGGUUAGAAAAUUUUCAGAGAGAUUUGAAAACAGAGCUCAAGAAGCCAUUUCAAAACAGAGCUCUUCUCAACUAGUAUUCAAGAAUUGAUAUAAUUUCAGUUUUGAGCAAUUCUCCAUUUCACCCAUUUUUCUUUUUCUUGGAUUCUCAUUGAUCACCAACUCCAUCUUUGGUCAAACAUGGCUAUUAGGAUGGGACAGAAUUUGCCUCAAUCCAAUCAUGUCCCUUCUGAUACUUACUUCUACUGUUGUGGUUGCGGAGCUCAUGUCGUAAUCAUCUCUUACAUUCCGGCUACACGGGUUAUUUCUCAAAUGUAUCUAUGCAGGUUUGGGGUUAUAGAAGCAGUGAACGAGCCACAACAUAGAGUAAUACAUGGCAUGAACUUGACCGUAGCCGAGAGUUUCUGUUUCCAAUGUAGAAACCUGCUAGGGUGGAAAAUUCUUGCCGUCCUCCAACCGUCUACUGUUUAUAGAGUAGGAGGAUCCAUCUUGAGAAUGAACGCGGUUGUUAGCUGGAACAAUGAAACAUUGCUUGAUUUUCUCUAUGGAGGCAAUAAUGAACAGGCUCCUAAUGAUCAAGACGGAGGUGCAGUAGAAGAACAAGUUGGAAACGCUAAUGAACAAAAUGCUGAUCUGGGUGGAAAUGGAGGCGUUAAUGAACAAGUUCCUAAUCAAGAUGCAGAUAUUGUUGAGGGACUGGGCAAUAUUGAUCUAAAUGCAAACAUUUGAAUCUCAACUAUUGAUGAAAAUGCAGAUACCCAUAGCCUACUCAUGCUGCAGAACGGCCAUCUUAUUACAAUAGAGUUCAUAUUGUACGAGUAUUAAUUCAUUCAUAACUGUGUGAUUUCUGUUUUUGGUUUUUCGAUUUUCAUUACAUGUUGAUUUUGGA